GGUAUUACAGUGUUUAAAUAAGUACAGAAGCUGAAAAGUGGAAUGCCAUUUGCCUCCUCAUGCUUCCCUGCUGCCUUAGCAGGCUGGCUUGGGGCCUCCUAGGAAAGAGGGAUGUGUCACCUGGAAAAGUUCCCCUGUCUGUGUGUGGAGAUGAGACUGGGUGCCUCAUGGUCAGCUUUCACUUGUAGAGACUUUAUCGUCACUGUCCCUUGUGUAACACGAGGGCUUGGCAUGUGUUCCUGGGAGAAACUCUGGAAAGCUUCAUCACGGGUAUCCAGGAGGACGCUCCUGAGCAGUGAGCUUUGCAACUCAAAGAGUAAAGUACCUUACACUAGAGGCCGUGUGGCCAACGCGCAAAAUAAUCAACGAUUGACUUGGCUUAAACUCAUGUGCUUACACCAACUGAAACUGCCAACGGAGCCACAGCCGGCAGGAGAGCUGCUGUGGUCCCCGUCCGCUACCCAGUGUUCCUGCUCCCUCGCUGGAGAGGGCUGACGUGGGGCCUCUUCCCCUGCCCUAUCUCCUCCUGGCACAGCGAUGUGGCAGUUUUGGCACGGAGUGGCAGCUGGGGGGGAGCGUGAGUGGCAAGGAGAGGUGAUGUUGGGGUGGUGGCAGCCCCGAGCCAUCCAAGCUGAAGCUGUUGGGAGAGCCGCACCCUCCAGCCAGGCACCCCUCACUCUCUCGGGUUGUUUCAUUAAUGGGGAUCGGGCGUUUCAAAUCCAAAUGAUAGAACUUUCAAGCAAGUGGCUGGCUGCACGCACUGUAGCAUGGACCCUUGAUGAGAAAUGAACACUUUCAUUGCUCAGAGGAUGGAGGGAAAUAACUAAUGUAACAUGUUUUUCUUGAUGUAACAGUGAAGCAGUUUACUGAAUGGAAGAACCAACGUUUUGUAGGUAGAAUAAACAUCAAGAAUGCUCUGUGACAGCCACCACGACCCACAGCCUGGAAAAGACAGCUGAUGUGCAAGAUGCGCAUCCUUCCAGGAGAGAGAUACUGAAACAAACUUCUCAGACAGCAAAGAACCCGAGGCUGCAGUUUCCCAAGUUGCUCCGACUGGGGACAGCUCUGCUCCUGUGGCUGCUGGUGCCCCUGGAGGUCCUGUGUUAGGCUGUUUCGGUGCAGGUUGGCGCACAGUUAACCCAAGAAAGCGAUGAGCUGAGGCGGCUGGAGCUGGGCUGGGUGGGCAUGGGCUGCAGCUGGAUCAGGUCCUGCUGCCGAGGCACUGCCUGGGUGGGAGGAAAAAUACUGUCACAGCUCCCGAGUGGGGAGAGACCCAAUCUCUGUCUUAGGAAACAUGAAUACCUUCAUCUUAGCCUGUGUUUCAGAAGUCUGGACCUAGAAUAGAAGGCCCAGUUUGCCAUUUGUUAGGGUUUUGUACAGUAUGUUGAAGGUGAGCCCAGUUUAGGAGUGCAUAAGGUGUGGGUUGUUGCCUCUCUUGAGGUUUUUUGGUAUGGCCAGAUGACACAGCAGCGCUGUCAUGCUGCCACCUUUGGCUCCUGAUCAAAGUUGUUUCAGGGCAGCUGAAGGUUUUUCUCCCAGUAUCCUGUGAGGGAAGAGCCUUUUCCAGUUUCUUCCAAGGAGCUGCUGCAGUAGAUGAGUAGAAGGUUGGGGUUUUUUUCAGGAACCACAAAAGUUUCAGGGUAGGGAAAGAAGGAAUUGAUUCUGCCUACUGGGGAAAUUUGAUGUUAAUUAAGAAGCACUUCUUUAAGGCAUAGUUACUCCAAUGUAUUAGAUUUGGAGUUAAAAUUAAUGUCAGUAUAGUUUUUAUAAAUUAAAAAAAAAAACAAGCCAUGCCUGUUUUGGCUGAUAACGCUUUACCACUAUCUCGUCUCACCCAUUUUGUGCUUGGUGAUAACUUCAAAUAAACUUUCUUGGGUCUGUAUAACAUACGGUAUGAUGUGGCCCCACUUGUGCACUUGGUCUUUAAAGAAAUAUUUAAGGUAAAGACCUUUUGCUGCAGAGCAGGAGGAUUCCCUCCAUGUGUGCCCCUGCUGUUGUGUGAACUGGUUCAGUGCUGGGUGCGCGUCGUCUCUAUAAUCUGUAUUUUACUGCCUCUUACAUCUUCACUUGCUAAAUGACCUCACCGAUGGAUACUCCUGCCAUUGGGUGGGUUCCUCUGCCUUGCCAAAGCGUCACACGUGUUCCUGCGACGUCUAGGCCAGACGUGGGGGCUCCUGCCAGGGUUAGAUGUCACCUUUGGAGUGGACCGUGUAGAGAAGAGCUAGUGCUUGUGGCACUUCCCAGCUGCUGUGGCUUGUGUCUCAGGCUGUUUGUAACAGCUGGGGCAAACUCCCCUUCAUCUCUUGGCUGUGUACUCUCUACACCUUACUCGCGUGCGUACAGACUGCCAAAGGGAACGGGGCUAAACUGUUGUCUCGCUCAAGUGAAGUAUUUCAGGUCUGAUUUCUUUACAAUGCAAUAUUUUGUUGGAAUUUCACCUUACUCUUGUUUGAUGAUCCUGGCUUUGUAAAGGAAUAUAUGGGAAGGUAUCUGGAUGAUGUUACUUUACCAUGAAAUAAAGCCUAAGUACAAAUAAAAUAUAUGCAGGUUGUUUGACUCUUUAAAUUAGACCUGGCAAUUUUAAAUCCAGAGGUAAGGGUAAGUGCUUGUUGUGCCUGGCCAGUUUUGUGACUGUUCUUGGUAGUGAUGGAGCAUUUCUUCCACCUGGUGUUUCGCAGCACAAAUUUCUGAUCAAUUCUCAAAGCAUGGGCUCCAAAUGAAUUUCUCUGUCAUAAAGGAUGCUCCCAGUGGAUGAUUUUCAACCCAAAUCAUCAAUUCCUUCAUGUUUAAAGGUCCAUUUUAUUAAAUACUGUUAGAAAACUCGCCUCCACCUUUAAGAAUAUCUAUUGUGUACUGGUGAAUAUUUGAACUCUGCUUACCAAACUGACUUUCAAACAUUUUUAAUAAUUAUGAGCAAAGUAGUGCAUGGUCAUCUUUUUGGUCUGUCAUUCCUGUGAAUAGCAUCCCGUGUACCCUCUCCUUAGACAGCAUCAUGUCUUGUUGCGGGCUGGGGAAACUGUUAAUAGCUCAGUUGCAGGGGAACUGAACUAAAUCCCAGCAGGUUGUAACCUGGAUUCUAACUUCGUGUGUUUGGUCUGUAUCUUUGAAAAAAUACCAUUAUAGUUUACUGUUCGUGAUAUGUACCAUUAGUGUCUGGUAUCUAGCGUGUCCUAUAUGAAGUGCUGAAUAAACAUUAUACUACUGUAUUUCUGUUGCCGCAUUUAAAUAAAGCUUACUAUGAAUAGCAACUUUUCUCUCUUCUUACUUCUUAUUCCAUGUUUCAGAUUAUUAUGCAAUGAAGUAGCUUUUAUUCCGCUUUGGAGAAAAUAAAUGUGAGUGGAUGCAGUUGCUCGUGGUGCUGUUGCUGUCCCUCCUUUUGAAUGGGUUCCGCCUUCCUGGUAUUUAGGCAAUAUUGACCUUGAACCCGGGAUUUUCUUGAACGUUAUCUUACGCUACCUAAGGAUAUACAUGGCCCAAAGAUAUAUGACAGUUUUUAUAACUACCCGAUAAAAUGCCGCUGUCCCUAGGAGCAGGGGGAAGGCAAUAAAAACUGGUACAAGUGCUCCUGCGGACUUCUGUGUAGACCAUACUGCGUUUUUUAUAUUAAUUGCCAACAGAAAACACCAACUUGGCGAUAGAGAUCUGGAUUUGUGUCUGUAGGAAAGAUAAAGAUCUGUUUAGUCCUCCACGGUGGGUCCACUUCUCUGCUUGCUUUUGUAAAAUUGCUUUGAUGCUACAGGUGGGAAAAUGUUACAAAAGUACUUUAUUUGAAACUAGCAAAAUAUUGAGUAUUUAUAGCAUGUUCUGUGUAAGUACAUUGAAGUACGAUGACAAAUACAUUCUCUCAAAGGCAGUGACUUCUGGUAUAUCUGUAUAGUCUGUUUCUCAGUGCUUACAGUGGAGUCAGAUUAUGGGUUAUUGUAACCUGUGAUUUCAGGAGGAUAACACCGUUACACUUUGGGGUUGGAAAAGCUUUGGUGCUUAGGGACUCUCGACCAGGCCCCGCGUAAACACCCUUUAGAAACUUUCCAAGGUACUCACGUGACCCCUAUGGAUGAUGAUGCUGUGUCUAAAGAUGCCUCGUUGUGCUGUUAUGUGAACUUCAUGUAGGUGAUUAAAAUGAGCUUUUCUGGACAGAAUCCAGUGGGAUAGGGAUCUGUAUUAGCAGUUUCGCAGCAUUUUUUUUUUUUUGGUAAUUGCACCUAACUCUCAGGUUUCCAUGUUACAAGGAGAUACCUCCUCCUUCUCCUGCUCCAGGCCUCUAUAAUUGUCUCAGCAACAUCGUCCUUGCUAACUCAGAUCUGGUUUGUCAUCUAUCAUGCUCUAGUCAUAGGUGCAAAGAUCUUCAGAAACAUCUCUGUGAACCAUUAAAAAAAAAAAAAAUUGCUUUAUUGAAUUGGAUGUUUCUGUAAGAUUUGUUUCUUAGGCAGCAGUGGGGAGAGAUACAGGUUGGCCGGCGUGUCGAGGCAGUCCCGAGGCAGAAAGAAAGGUGUUACACUGGUGCUUGAUUUGGGUUUUCUGUCUGGACUGGUCUGUAGAUGGAGGAGGAGGAGCAAAGCCUGACAGUUGAGUCUGCUAGCCCGACAUAAAACGCGCCCCAGCAGGUUGGUAGCCCGAGCCCUUCCGCACCCCCGGCACGUGGAACGGUGAUGCCAGCUCACCUGCCGAUGCUGCGUUUGCUGCUAUUUUCAAAUCUGCUGGGGAAGGAGGUGGCAGGAACAGCUUAAACUUCCCGAACCCCAACACACGUGUUAUCCUUUUCAACUGCUGUGUAACACUUACCAUGAAGUUAGUUACUGAAUUGCUCUUGAUUUAUAAAAGCUAAAAUAGGAUUAAGAUGGCAGUUAAAAAAAGGAAAUUAAGCGGCUUGAUCUUUUCCAGAGAGCUCAGAAACCCAUGCUUUUGUCUGAGGCUGUAGUAAAAACAUUUAGUGCUUAACUUGGAAGAGAUCUUGGAUACCAGUAGUAAGCUUCGAGCACGGCUGAAUGACUUCAGGAGACUUGCAUGGAAUAAAUAAGAUUUGUUUUUUGUGACUGUCACUGGGGUUGGCUGGAAAGGAUUAUUGUAGAUGACUCAAAGCAGAUGUUCUCCAGUAAACUUUCAAGUGAGUGAGUCUGUGUGCCAGGGAGUCUUCACAACAUGGGAGUAGCAUGGGAUAAUUUGAAAUGCCAUAUAAAUUAUUCUUAGCUGUUUUCCGCAGGCUCCUACAUGCGAGGUCCUGGGGUUACUUCAUGGAAGUUCUUGUUUUGGGGUGGUAGUAAUGGGUUGCAGGGUAAGUAGGAAAAGGCAAAUAGAAACUAAAAGGAUGUGCAAGUUCCUGAGACUUAUGCAAUUGUACUCUUGAGCAGCGCCUGAAGAGAGGAAGGUUGCUGAACUCCCUCGUCCCCCUCUGCUUUACCGUACUUUGCCUUUCUGUUGUGGAGCCAAUAAGCAUUUUUAAUAGCAGCUUGCAUUAAUAAAUUAUCAUUUCUGGUGCUGCUUAAAGUGGUAUGAUGUCCUGGUGGGUUUUGUAACUUCAGUCUCAUGUCAGUUAUGUGACAAUAUAUUAAUUUCAUUGCCAGUAAUGUGCUUUAAGGGAAAGAUGGUGGUGUGCAAUGCUGACGUGCUGCUGUUAUUGAAAUAGGUGUCUUCACAUUGAAUAGAUAAUUCUUGAGGUGUUUUGGGGAGGUCAGCUUGUUUUCAUCACAGUGUUUAACUAUACCACAAGAAACUUCAUAGUCUAUAUUAUUUUGAAAUAAGUGAAUAUGAUUUUUACUAUAAGUUCUCUUUGCUGCAGUUUGGGUGAAGCUUUCCAAGAAAACUACACAAAACUACUGGGGAAGGAUGGAGAGGUUGUUGAACCUGCCUGAACAUUUCACUUUUUUUUUUUUUUUUUUUUAAGAACGAUGCUUCCCUGCAGGUCAAAAAGAAGGGAAUAUGAGAGAAGCUUCUUGCAGUUGGUCUGAAUGUGAGCCUUUGUGCUCCUUGCAGCGAUUGCUUCAGUGCCAUGGCAUGUUUUCAGUUGGGUACCAAUGUGUGAAGAAUCUGAAAUGGGUGUUUAGUGUGUUAUCAGAAGUGGUGUGAUGGGCACGGGCUCAGCGGUGUAAGGCUGCUUUCCCUGCCUUUAACUGGCAGCGUGUGUCCCUCAAAGGAGGGGGUGAGGUGCCAGGCUGGCAGUCCUGUUGUAGACCUGCUCCCCGGUAGGCGCUUUAACAUCCGGGGGCAUCCGUAAUUGUGUAUUUGGGUAUACUGAACAAAGGCAAAGCUGUUGCUGGAAAUUCCCUGACCAGUUUCAUCAUUCUGUAGGUGUGUAUAUACAUGCGCAUAUCGCUUUCCCCAUCUCGACCUUUUGAUAGACUAAGGAUCCUUUUUUGCCAUCCGUUCGUCAUUUAGAUAAUGAAUAUUUGGGGAUUACCAGUAACUACAAAAAUAAUUGUACCAAUUAUUGGUGUGUGCAACACACACAGCCUCUUCGCACCCUGGUAAUUCAUAGUCUAAAAUAUGUGUUGGGAAGGAGAGUAUCAUGUUUUGCAAGUCUAAAAAUGUUUGUCUGGAAACUCCCAGAACUGAGCAUUAGCUAUUCUAAGUGCUCUGGUUCUAAAAACUGAAAAAAAUACCCUGGUGUUAUGUAUUACUUAAACUGUGGCGCUAAAUCGUCCUUCCUAGGCACUGAGGACAGUGCAAGGAUUGCAACAGGGGAGAAAGCGCACUGAAGUGAAAUAGUAAGAAGUAAAAUAUGUCAAAAUAUGUGCUAUUGCCGCUUUAAAGCUUUAACAGAGUUUUACCAGACCUGACCGGGUGGUAGGGCUUUAAAUAUCUGCGGGGGCAUUGUAGUUUGGUGAAGGAAAGACCAUGACAAAUUAAUUCAUCUUUGGUCUGAAGUUGGUUUUACACUGGGUAAGACUUAUAGUCAUUCAAAGCCUUAUGUAGACUUUAAACGUAAGUUUGAUAAAAGUAAAUCUGAAAGUCAGGCAAAGUGUUUCAUUGCUGACAGCCUUAUCCGACUAUCUCCAACAUUAAGCAAUCCUGCUGUGAUGGAAAAAACACUGUCUCUGCACAAGAUUUGCUGAAAGGAAGAGGCUUCAGCUCCUGAUUCUCUUGUUGUAUCUUAACAGAAGGGUAGAAUUGACUUGAAAAAGAUAAUUCUUACAGACUUGCAGUCUUUUUAAAAUGAAGAAUCUUGCAGUGGAGUGUGUGGCUGGGAGGGCAGGGCCACCUGAUUAUGCUUCUGAUGAGACAUUUGGAUAACGAGGGAUCCCUACAGAGGUUCUUGCUGCGAGAUUUUUCUCAGAUGCAGUUCAGGUCCAGUUGAGUCACAAAUGCAAUUAAGCACUAAAUGACACUGCGAUUCAAGUUUUCCUUUCCAAAUCUAUCUACAAAGGUGAAUUAGAAAUUCCAGGGUUUGGUGCUCUUAACGUCAGGUAAUGGAAAAGCAGGUCUCUCUGUAGGCUGGGGUUUCUCGUAGAAAUUAUUAAAAUCACGCUUGUGCUUAACAUCUGCAGAUUGUGGCAACCGCUUUUGUGCGGAGCUCGCUCAGGCGUGCAGCAAUGCUGCAGUGAAGCCCAUCAGAAAAUCUGCUACACGCUUUGUUAAUGUAACGUGAAUUUCUGCGGUGCCUCCUCACCAUCUCCCCUGUCGGGAGAUCCAGCUCCAGAACCACGCGGAGUUGGGAAGGAGGGUGCGGAGUUCGAAGGUGGCAGCUCGGGAGCCGAGCUCUGUCCCCGGCCUGGUCCCUGGGUGCUGGCGAUGGGCUGAGGACACCUACCGGGCACAGCGCUGUCUUCAGCUCUGCUCUGCUCCCGCAGUUUGUACCUGGGGUUUUAGACUCGCCAUGUGCAGCUACGGGAAGCGUCAGUAUCUUGAACAAAACUGUAGAACGGUGACUUGUGUAAAUCUACAGCAGUGCUAAAGGAAUAAAUGCAAGGUUUCUGAUUUGACUCAUUGCUCUUCUUGGUCCGCUCGACACUUCUAUUUCACAGAAUGGUUUGGGUGGGCAGGGACCUUAAAGCCCACCCCGUGCCCCCCUGGCCCUGGGCAGGGACACCUCCCACCAGCCCAGGCUGCUCCAAGCCCCGUCCAACCUGGCCUUGAACCCUCCAGGGAUGGGGCAGCCACAGCUUCCUCCCAGUUAGGCUGUGGGACAAUUAACUAACACCCUGGCUGGGGGGUCUCAGCUCUUUGCUAGUAAGUCACACUGGUUUUAUUGCUAAUGUUUCCUUUACUUUUACAUAAGAGUAUGUUUGUUACAGCUCCUGCAGUUUCCAACUAGGUCAGUAAAGUGUCCUUGUCCCUGUUCUUUGAAGAAUCAGCUCCCUAAAGCCAGACAGUGUGAUAGCAAUUUUGUGAUUAAUGCUUCCAGCAAUUAUAAAGUGGAAGGUUUUAAAUUACAUUUGAUAACUAAGACCUGUACAUGAAACACGAAGUGACUUUGUCUUCCUUGUUGCAGAUCCAUAACAUGGUGGCAGUGCUGGAAGUGAUCUCCAGCCUGGAGAAAUACCCCAUUACCAAAGAGGCACUUGAGGAAACGAGACUUGGGAGGCUUAUCAAUGAGGUGAGGAAGAAGACAUCCAAUGAGGAACUUGCCAAACGUGCCAAGAAAUUGUUGCGGAAUUGGCAAAAGUUGAUAGAACCCGUAACCCAGAAUGAACCAGUGCCAAGAGGGUUGCCGAACCCACCUGGGUCAGCAAAUGGUGGUGCUCACAACUGCAAGCAAGAAACGCAACUUCCUGCUGUGGCUGGGUCAAAGCCAAUCAGCGAAUUGAAAAGCAGGAAUGAUAUACAGAAACUAAAUUCUCCAAAACCAGAGAAAUUGGGAAACAGGAAAAGGAAAGGUGAACACAGGGAUGGGCAUCAGGGCCCCCCUCCCGCAAAAGUCUCCAAAGCUAGUCAUGAAGUAUUACAAAACUCUUCACCCCCUCCAACAAAUGGCAUUGGAGGUAGUCCUGAAAAUUUUCCUAGUCCUGUAGACGUAAAUCUACACGCAGGGCCUGAAAGCAGCAGGACAGAACUCGGUGAAAACGAUAAACACAAUAAGAUCCCGGUAAAUGCUGUAAAACCUCACACCAGUUCUCCAGGACUUGUAAAACCUUCAAGCACUUCCUCCUUAUUAAAGACUGCAGUGCUUCAGCAGCAUGAGAAAUCGGAAGAAACCACAGGACCGCACCAACCUAAGAGUCCUCGCUGUUCCUCGUUUAGCCCUAGAAACGUUAGGCAUGAUACUUUUGCUCGGCAGCAUACUACGUACUCACCAAAGGAUUCGAUGCCUAGUCCAUCUCAAAGGUCUCAGUUCUUAGAUUCUGCACAGGUGCCAUCGCCGCCACCAUCCUUGAUGCAACCAUCGACACCUCCGAUGCCAGCAAAAAGACUGGAGUUCCCUCAGCAGUCGGUCUCUGAGGUGUCUCAGCACUGGCAGGAGCAGCAGGUACCUUCUGAAAGCCAGCACAGGCACACAGCAGGGACACUUCAACAGCACACAUCUCCCAGCUGCAAAACCAGCUCCCACCCUGGGGAAUCGCUCACGCCACACAUGGGCUUUUCCCAGGACGCUUCAAAAAUGGACAGCGAUGAUGCUGCUUCAGGUUCCGAUAGUAAAAAGAAGAAAAGGUACCGACCCAGAGACUAUACAGUCAACCUGGAUGGGCACGUGACAGAAGGGGGUGUGAAACCUGUGAGAUUAAAAGAGAGAAAGCUCACUUUUGAUCCCAUGACAGGACAGAUAAAACCUUUAACACAGAAAGAUCCUUUGCAGGUAGAAAUCCCUGCGCUUACUGAACAGCACAGGACAGAAACGGAAAAGCAGGAGCAAAAACCCAACCUGCAAAGCCCCUUUGAACAAACGAACUGGAAGGAAUUAUCCAGAAAUGAAAUCAUUCAGUCAUAUUUAAACAGACAGAGUAGCUUGCUGUCUUCAUCAGGAGUACAGACUCCAGGAGCUCACUACUUCAUGUCUGAAUAUUUAAAGCAGGAGGAAAGCACUAGAAAAGAGGCUAGAAAGACUCACGUUCUAGCUCCUAACAGCAAACCUACAGACUUGCCUGGGGUCACGAGAGAGGUCACGAGCGAUGACCUCGACAGAAUACGCGAACAUAACUGGCCAGGCGUGAACGGUUGUUACGACACACAGGGUAACUGGUAUGAUUGGACACAGUGCAUAUCGUUAGAUCCACACGGGGAUGACGGUAGAUUGAACAUCCUGCCUUACGUCUGCCUAGACUGAGUCCCGUUUUGCUAAAAAUGCUUUUACACCCGCAGUUAGCAAACCCGGCAGACACUAUGCCACUUAAAGAUGGAGAAAGCCUCCUGUCCUGGACAAACAGGCCCAACGAGCAGAGGGGGGGAGGGAGCUGGUUCCUCCCAGCUCUUUCCUUUAAAUUCUCCUUUUGUGAAAUGCUGCUACCAGUUUACUAACAAUUUGCAAAGGAAGGCAUACGAAGGUUGAUAAAUUGAGUUCAAAACUCUCUAGCGAGCCAGCUAUAAAAAAGUGUUAGUCCCCAAGAAGUGAAGAGGAUUUCCAGCACUUUCUGAAUGCCGGAAUCUUAUUACAGGCAGGUACAGAGAAAAUUGUGGAAGUUACCUUAACAAAAUAUGCAUCUAUUUAUUUGACUUGAUUUGGGUUUUUAUUUGGCAGUGAGAUAUUCGAGAGACAAUGUGCAAAAACUGUAGUUUUAUUUGUAUCACAUCUCUGAACAUGAUUGCGUUGGGGUUUUUUUUUCGAGUCAUGUGGUACGGAGAUUGGGUUUUAAACAGCAGGUGUUGCACUGCAGGCUGGGAGACCAGCUUCAGCUCAACAUUCCAUAGGCAUCCACAUAUUUUAGUCUGGUUUCAGUUUAAAUCCAGUCUCUGAGAAAUGCUGCAAAAACUAGAUGUUUAACAAUAUUUUUGAUCCCACCACCACCAGCCAAAUAUUUUUCCUCCUUUUCCCUUCCUGCAAACUUCUAGGAAAAAAGGAAAAAAAUAAAAAAAAGAGAAAAAAAAAAAAGAAAAAUCACCUUUUCUAGAAUCUAAAUGUAAUGAGGGUGCUACAAGUUUGUAACUGUACUGUGAGAGGGAAAAAGGAAGCCUGUUUGUAUGCUGGAAAUAUACUUGUUACCAUUCCUUUAGAUAUUGUUUGCCUUAUGGAUAUCCAUCAUAAACGCAAUUUGCAAAAACAAAGAGCCUUAGUGAAUGUACAGUAACUAGACUUCUGUGUUCUUGGGAUGCAGAAGGGAGCAACUUUGCUAUUUGGUCCUUUAAGUGGACACAUUGUGAUAUAAAUGUGGAAAUAAAAAAAAUUUGCACAAAACAGUUUGUGAAUUAUUUAUACUGAACUCAUGUUUUUUAAAGUUUGCUCAGUUCAGACCAGCUGUAAGUGACCGUCGCCGCUGGGAUCCGUCGGAGCAGUGCGGCGAAGCUGAAUCCCAUCCGACGCUGUUGAAAGCCGCUGGCUGUUAGGGAUUUACGAGAUGUCUUCCAAGUACGUUGGUGGGAUUCAGUCGCACGGGUUGGAUUUCUUUUGUAACUCUGGUUGCACCCAGGGGCUGGAGACUGAUAACCCAAUUGCUGUUAAUGUACCUCAAAGUCUAAAAAGGUCAUAGUUCAUCUUUUUUUCUCAGUAACUUUGUAAUAUAUUAUUCCUAAUUGCUAAAACACUUUCUAAAGCGGCCUGGUUCAGUAUAGAAAGCUAAUUUCUAUUAACUGUAAUUGCUUUAACAUUUGGGACUGGUUGCUUUCUGCAGUCCCCAGUGCUGGGCGUCUGGCCGGGGGAGACGAGGGGGGGACACGAUACCAAAAAUCUUUCCAGGUUUAGCGACGUUAACUCUGUUAACCCCUUUGUGCUGGAUCUCGCUUCGGUGGAGAGGAGCCGUGGGGAGAGUUCUCCCGCCUCUGGGAGCGGGGUCAAGCCCUCAAAGGGUGUUCCUCGCCGGGUAUGCGUUAAGUUGGUUCAUUCCAUGGAAUACAACUGAUGAGGUUUGGUUUAUUUUUAAGUCGUUCUUGCUUAAACCUACUGCUUUUGUGAUCUGACCAGUAUUGAAACGUGUGGGUGUCUUGGAAAUCUUCACUGAUGCCUGUUUGCUUCCACUUCUGAAAUCUGAGAGCAAAAAAUUUACCAAAAAAUGUUUCCAAGUAUAUUUUCAGUUUACUUCCAUUUUGUCCUCCUGCAGUUGCUGAGGUCGAGCACCGUGGUUUAGCCCUGGGGAAAGCUACCUACCGUCUUGCAGUUCAGGAAGGGAGAUUUGAUGGUAGAGGGCUAAAAAGCUGGUCUCUUUGGAAAAAUGCCUGGGUUUUGCUUACGUAAAAAAUAUUGUGCACCUCAUCUCCCUCCGCCCCACCUCCCUUUCCCUGAAUGGUCUUGUUUAGGAACAGGGUCCGUGCUCUUUUGUGGCCUUUGAAUAUAGGGCAAAUUUCAGGAAAUGACAAAGUAUUACGUUACACUUUAUAAAUCUGAUCUUUUCCUCCACCGCUUCCAUUUCUGGCGCAAGCGAUGGCCUUUGUGGACCACACUCGGUGAGGUGAUGCCCAAAGUUCAUCACUGCUGUCAAAUUCCACCCAGCUCUCGGCAGGGCGCUGAGCGCACUGACGCUCGCUUUGCUUGAGAGAGCAUCAGGUACCGGAGCCAGCCCUUUCCCUGGCGGUACAAAAUCCUGGAGAAAUUCCCUCCCAAUGCGAGCUUUAACUCUUGUUCUGCACCGAGGUUGUUUCUGCUGUAAGGGUCGACUCACCUGGAUGGCAUCCAGGGUGGGAUGAGGCUUGACAAUCUUUAUUUCAGCAUGCCAGUAUAACCAGUUCUGUGAGCUCCAACAAAUGUGAAUAAGUUUACAAGGUGAUAUCUUUUUUUUGUCAAUUUUGUAAACAAGUUCAAAUGAAGUUUACCAUGUGCUUAUCUGCUGUGUACUCUCAUUUUUGCAUGAACUCAAUUUCUCCGCUACUUUCUUCUAACUACCUUACAGAAUUUAUUCUUUUACUCCCAAAAUCUUUAAUUGUUAUAUACUGACAUCUCUUCUUGUCAGUGGAUGACAGGAAAUGGCUCAUCUGCAAAUCUUUUGGGAAUUGCCAUUACCUAAAGUGCAUGUUUUUAUAGGUACGUUCAUGAUGUAGAGAUGUCUCUUGAUGGAGGAGGCUCUAGAACCCCCUCCUGCUUCCCGGGUCUCGCCCAUAUUUUAGUGCAGCUGCUGCGAUGGAUUCCCGGAGCUGGUUGUAAAGGUCGGAACAGUCACCUCGGUGAGCGUCUGACCUUUGCUCAGUCACUGCCUCUGCCCAGGGCUGUUCUGAGGCGGUCACUGCGCCCUUACGGCCCGCCGUCCCCUUCGGGCCCUUAACGGCCUGUAAAACUAGAGCAGAAAAGAGAUUUCUGAGCAUUCCUUGUACACCGUGUGCUCCCCUGCGUUACCUCAACCCCCGGGUUCCCCUGAGGAAGGCUCCUGCCCGAGAGAGAGAGAGGUGGACCGGCCCAUGGGCCUCAGCUCCUCCCGCUCCGCCGGCGGGAGCGUGACCCCGGCACAGCCGGCCUGACCCCCCCUACCCCCCGCGUCGCCCUGAGCCCGCCCGGAGGUGCCGGUGCUGGGCGGUGCGCGGCGGGAGCCCGGGGCCUGGCGGGACGGGCGCGGACGGCGGACUCCCACCAGGCCUGAGGGACCGGCCGCGGCGGAAGUGACGCGCGGCGGCUCCUGCCGGCACCCGUAGCCGCGGAGGCGGGGCGGCCCCGCGCCGGCCCCGCCCCAGGAAGC